GGUAAGAUGUUUGUGGGAAUUUUCGUGAUUUCGGUGCUUGUGAUUCUGGUAAUUAAUUUCCUCACUAAGCGAUGGAAAUUGCUCAAGUUCACGAGCAAAUUUCCCGGCCCGAAGCCACACUUCAUUUUUGGUAAUGCUGGGGACUUUGUGGAGCACAAAAAUGAUCCAGCAGCUCUCUUCAAACAGCUCAUCGACUUCCAUGACAUUUAUGGGAAGCAUUUCGUGACUUGGGGCUUGUUCAAUGUAAUGAGUAUCAGUAUCAUUGAUCCCAAAGACUAUGAGACAAUUCUGUCAAACACAAAGACAAUUCGGAAGUCCAUAGAAUAUGAAUUCCUCAAACCAUGGCUCGGAGAGGGUCUUCUGGUGUCAUUUGGGCAAAAGUGGGCCACCAGACGCAAAAUUAUCACACCCACUUUCCACUUCAACAUUCUCGAACAGUUUGUCAAAUCGUUCGACAAGCAAACCAAUAUUCUUGUGCAGAAGCUGAAGCCUCACGUCAACAAGGGUGACUUCAAUAUUUAUACUUACACCACACUCACAGCCCUGGAUAUCAUCUGUGAGACGUCAAUGGGAGCUGAAAUUCACGCUCAGGAUCAUCCGGAAACCCCAUAUGUGCAAUCUGUGAAGGCCAUGAGUCGAUUUAUGUUCGAGAGAAUAUUCAGUCUUUUGGGAGGCUAUACGCUCCUGUUUCCAUUGACACCUUUGUACUGGAAGCAGCGUCGCCAUCUGAAAGUCGUUCAUGAUUUCACAAACAGCGUUAUUGUCCAGCGACGGGAGCAAUUACUCAUGCAGCAGGCCAAUGUGGCGAAGAAGGUGAAUGAUGAUAAAGAUCGUAUGAAUGUUGAUUUCAUGAGCAAGCCGGAAGAGGAUGACUUUAAAGAUCUGUACCUCAAUCGGUCUGGCAAGGAGAAGCUCACGUUUCUGGAUUUGCUGCUGAAAGCGACAGUUGAUGGUAAACCACUGAGUGAUGCUGAUAUCCGAGAGGAGGUGGAUACGUUCAUGUUCGAGGGACACGACACCACCACUUCGGGUAUAUCACUCACCCUCUACCACCUCUCGCAGCAUGCGGACGUGCAGGAGCGGGUGUACGAGGAGCUGAAGGAGAUUUUCGGGGAUGAGCUGCAGGAGGACUUCAGGGUGACCUACAGUCACUUGCAGGACAUGAAAUAUCUGGAGAUGGUCAUUAAGGAAUCCCUCAGACUCACACCUCCUGUCCCGAUAAUUGGACGCCAGACGACAGAGGACAUCUUUGUGGCUGGUGUGAAAAUUCCAGCUGGCAUCAACAUUUCCAUGCUCGUUUAUGCCAUGCAUAACUACGAAGAAUUCUAUCCGAAUCCUCGGAAAUUCGACCCCGAGAGAUUCACUGCGGAGAACUCAAAGGACCGCCAUCCUUAUUCCUAUAUCCCAUUCAGUGCUGGACCGAGAAAUUGCAUUGGCCAAAAAUUCGCCAUGCUGGAGAUGAAGAUGACGAUAGCGAAAAUUUUAAUGAAUUUCAAACUUCUGCCUCACGAACCGACAGCGAAAUUGACUCUCCAGGGAGAUUUGGUGCUCAAACCAGUCAAUGGGGUGUUUCUGAAAAUUGCACAGCGAAAUAAAGUCUUGUGAUAAAGUGGAGAGGGCACGAAGUUUCACUCCUUCAACUGGGUCAAAGGAUUCA